GUCGUUCUUCCUGUUAGAUCCGUAAUGACAUCAGUUUCCUGCAUAUCUUUUCAGUUGCUCCCUGGUUAUUUCAGGAGUCAUGAACGCUGCUUCGCUGGUCCAGAGGUUAGCAGGGAUAUCUGGAGCUCUUGCAGUCUCAGCAGGUGCUUAUGGAGCUCACGGUUUCCGACACAGUGAAGCGAGUGAUUACCAGAGAGAGUUGUACGAGACAGCAAACAAGUACCACUUCUACCACAGCCUGGCGUUGUUAGGAGCCGCUCGCUGUGGGAAACCAGCUCUGGCGGGUGCAAUCCUCCUCACUGGCAUGGGCUGCUUCUGUGGUCCCCUCUACCACCAGGCCUUAACCAAUGACCCCAGCUUCAGCAAGCUGGCACCAAUUGGAGGCUCUCUGCUCAUCGUUGGCUGGGCUGCAAUGGCUCUUUGAACUUUGACUCCAUUUACAGACCUCAACCCUGUGAUUUUAGCAUUCUCAAAGAUGAUGUUCUGUUUUGUUAUGUAAACGAAACGAGGAGAUAUGGCUGUGGAGAAACGGGUGGAGAAUUUCACAUCUUAUCUAAACCCUUUUCAGUCACAUCUGGAAAGUGAUGAUAAGGCCUUGGGAUCAAACAAAAUUCUUCUCCCCCCCCCCCCCCCCUCCACACUGUCACAGGCAUUUUAUUUUGACAGCAUGAAGAAAAAAAAAUCUUUUGAGAAGCUUUCCUUUGUGGCUUAUUACCGAGAAUGAGUCACACUCUGGGUUUGUUCAUGUCUUGAAAGUGUAUGCACAUACGUUUCCUUUGUUUGAAAAAAAUAAAGCUGUCUGAGAAGUUGA